AUGAUGGCUGCACGACUCCUUGGCACCUCUUCAAGAAUUGCAAAGUUUAGUAGACAUUUUCAUACGGCUAAAGCUGCGUUCUUGCCAGUCGUGCAGUUCAAGUUGUCAGAUAUUGGAGAAGGAAUUGCUGAAGUCCAAGUUAAAGAAUGGUAUGUCAAGGAAGGAGACACUAUUUCGCAGUUCGACAAAGUCUGUGAAGUUCAAAGUGACAAGGCUGCUGUCACCAUUUCCAGCAGAUACGAUGGAAUCGUCAGAAAACUAUACCACGAUGUCGAUGGAAUGGCUCGCGUCGGACAAGCUCUGAUUGAUGUCGAAGUAGAGGGAAACGUAGAGGAAGAUGAGAAGCCAAAGAAAGAAGAGAAAAAAGGAGCCGUUACAUCAACUCCACAAGCUUCUAAGGAAUCAGCCACCUCGGCUUCCGAGUCAUCUGCAUCCGAUGGAAAGGUUCUUGCCACUCCCGCAGUUCGUAGACUUGCUAUGGAGAACAAAGUCAAGUUGUCAAGUGUCCGGGGCAGUGGAAAGGAAGGAAGAGUGUUGAAGGAAGAUGUUCUUAAAUUCCUCGGACAAGUUCCUGCUGAUCAUUCAUCUGGAUCAACUAACAUUCGUACCACCCAUCAAGCUCCACUUCCAGCGGCUAAAUCGUAUGAAGCGCUUAAGGAAGAUGUGGCUGUUCCAAUCCGUGGAUACACUCGCGCUAUGAUCAAAACGAUGACCGAAGCGUUGAAGAUUCCUCACUUUGGAUAUAACGAUGAGAUUAAUGUUGAUGCUCUUGUGAAACUUCGCGGAGAGUUGAAAGAUUUCGCCAAAGAGCGUCAUGUGAAACUGAGCUACAUGCCAUUCUUCAUCAAAGCAGCGUCCUUGGCUUUGUUUGAGUUCCCAGGACUCAACGCAACGACCGAUGAUAAAUUGGAGAAUAUAAUCCAUAAGGUUAGCACAUCAAUUAUGGUGAAUACCCAAAAAUUAAUUCUUAAGGCCUCACACAAUAUUUGCUUGGCUAUGGACACUCCAGGAGGUCUUGUUGUUCCAAACAUCAAAAACUGUGAGCAGCGCAGCAUUUUCGAAAUCGCCCAAGAAAUCACACGACUGAUGGAAGCUGGAAAGAGACAACAAAUCGGAAGAGAAGAUUUGGUCGGAGGAACAUUUACUUUGAGUAAUAUUGGAGCUAUUGGUGGAACAUACGCAUCUCCGGUGAUCUUCCCUCCACAAGUUGCCAUUGGAGCCAUUGGAGCAAUCGAAAGACUUCCAAGAUUUGAUAAACAUGAUAAUGUACAGUUGAAUAUCAAUUGUUUUCUUGAAAUUUAUUUAUUCCAGGUUAUCGCUGCUAAUGUGAUCAAGGUUUCAUGGUGUGCAGACCAUCGUGUCGUGGACGGAGCAACCAUGGCCCGCUUCGGCAACCGCUGGAAGUUCUACCUGGAGCACCCAUCGGCAAUGCUCGCUCAACUCAAGUAG